AUGGACGUCCAGGCUCUCUACCAAACGUUCUGGAACUCGCUCUCGGCUGACCAGGCAGUCAGACAACAGGCUGAAAAGACCUUGCGUGAAGCUCAAAGAGCUAUUGGGUUCCUUGGUGCUUGUCUUGAUAUUCUAGCUACAAAAGAAGUUGAUUUACCUGUUAAAAAGGCUGCUGCUGUUUUUUUCAAGAAUCGUAUUGUUCGUCAUUGGUCUAGUCGUAAUGGUGAUGAAAAAGAUGAAGAACAAGUUGAUAACGAUGAAAAACCAAUCAUUAGAGAUCGUUUAUUACCAACUUUGGUUAGUGUUAAUAACCAAUUAAGAAAUCAACUUGUUCCAGUGUUACACACCAUUAUAGUUGCUGAUUAUCCAAAUCAAUGGUCUAACUUGGUUGAUUCUGCUAGUCAAUUAUUAUAUGCUCAAAAUUUAGAUUCUGCUUAUACUGGGUUAUUAUGCUUUGCAGAAAUUUGUCGUACUUAUAGAUGGUCAACAAAUGAAGAAAGAGCGGAAUUAGAUCAAUUAAUUAAUUCUCAUUUCACCGUUUUAUUAAGUGUUGCUGAUACUUUAUUAAAAGAAGAUUCUCCUGAUGCAGGUGAAAUGACUAAAUUAUUAUUAAAAGCUUAUAAAUUUGCAACUUAUCAUGAUUUACCAAUUCCAUUACAAUCAAAUGAAAAUAUUACAAAUUGGGUUAAUUUCCAUAUUGCUGUUAUAAAUAAACCUUUACCAAAUUAUAUUGAUGAAACUUUAGAAGAUUCUGAAAAAAAUUUAGAUCCUUGGGUUAAAUGUAAAAAAUGGGCUUAUGCAAAUCUUUAUAGAUUAUUUACAAGAUAUGGUUCUCAUUCAUUAUCCAAGAAAUAUAGUUAUAAUGAAUUUAAUGAAAUCUUUAAUGAAGUUUUCAUUCCACAAUUAUUAACAAUCUUUUUGGGUCAAAUUGAUCAAUGGUGUAAUAAAAAAUUAUGGUUAGGUGAUGAUUCUUUAUAUUAUUUAUUAAAUUUCUUGGAAAAUGCAGUUACUCAAAAGAGAACUUGGCCUUUCAUUAAACCUCAUUUUGAAUUAUUAGUUUCUCAUUUUGUUUAUCCAUUGCUGUGUCCAAAUGAUGAUACUCUUGAUAGAUUUGAAAAUGAUCCACAAGAAUAUAUCCAUGCUAAUUUAGAUAUUUAUGAUGAAUAUUCUUCACCAGAUUUAGCUGCUAUUGGAUUAUUAAUCACAUUAACAACAAAAAAGAAGAAAACUACUUUAGAACCAAUUUUAAAAUUUGCUUAUAAUUUAUUAAAUGAAUUAAAAUUACCAGCCAAAAAUGAUUUAGAAUCUGCUAAAAAAUUAGAAGGUGCCUUACGUUUAAUUGGUUCAAUUUCUGAUAAUUUUGUUAAAACAUCAUCUCCAUAUUAUUCACAAAUGGAAUCUUUCCUUGCUGAUUUAGUUUUCCCUCAUUUUGAAAAUAAUUUUGGCUUCAUUAAGGCAAGAACUUGUGAAGUUACUUCUAAAUUUGCAGAAAUUGAAUUCCAAAAUCAAGAUAAUUUAGGAACUUUAUUCCGUGGGAUCUUAACUUCAUUUGAAAAUGAACAUUUACCUGUUCAAUUAGAAGCUUCAUUAGCUUUACAAAGUUUCAUCAGAAUACCACAAUUUCAAGAAGCUUUAAGCUCUGUUAUAUUACCAACUAUGCAAAAAUUAUUAACUUUAUCAAAUACUUUAGAUGGUGAUGCAGUUUCUGGUGUUAUGCAAGAAAUUGUUGAAGUAUUCAGUGAACAAUUACAACCAUUUGCCGUUGAAUUAAUUGGUAAUUUAGUGGAACAAUUUUUAAGAUUAGCAAAAGAAUUAAAUGAUGCUGCUAAUGCUGAUGUUGAUACACUUGAUGCUGGAUUUGAUGAUUUAACUGAUAAACAAAUGGCUGCAUUAGGUUUAUUAAAUACAAUGAUUACUAUCUUGUUAUCAUUUGAAAGUUCAGGUGAUGUUAUUUUCAAAUUAGAAGAAACUUUUGCCCCAGCUGUGGAAUUUGUCUUGAGAAAUAAUAUUGAAGAUUUUUUCAAAGAAGUUAGUGAAUUAAUUGAAAAUUCAACAUUUUUGGUUAGAACUAUAUCACCAACCUGUUGGAAAUUAUUUGAAAUUUUAAUUCCAACUAUUCAAAAUGGUAUUGCUUUAUUAUAUUUAGAAGAUUGGAUUCCAACUUUAAAUAAUUUCUUGGUUUAUGGUUCAGAACAAAUUAAAUCAAAUCCAAUUUAUUCAAAGGCAUUAUUUGAUUUAUUUAAAUUAAUUAUAACAAGUGAAGAUAGUUCAACUGAAGAUUAUGCAUUUGCAGGUGAAAUUAUUCAAAAAUUAAUUUUAGUUUUAGAAAAUUCAUCGGAAAUUUAUUUAGGUGAAAUUUUACCAUUAAUUACAGAUAAUUUAAUAAAUUCUGAAGAAAUGACAAAUUCUUAUGCUAUAAAUAUGAUUGAUACAAUUGUUGCUGCAUUAACUUAUAAACCAUUAGAAACUUUAAAAUUUUUAUCAAGUAGAAAUUUUACAUUAGCUUUUUUCAAAUUAUGGUUUCAAUAUAUUCCAAAAUUUACAAGAGUUUAUGAUUUGAAAUUAUCAACAAUUGGAUUAUUAAGUAUUAUUAAUUUAAAUUCAAAUGAAAUUUCAAUUUUACAAUUACAAGAAGUUUUACCAGAAAUUGGUAUAAAUUUUUCAAUUUUAUUAGAAAAAUUACCAAUGGCAAUUCAAGAUCUAGAAAAACGUAGAAAAGAUUAUGAUGCACCAGCUGAUGCUGAUGAUGGAUAUGAUUUUGAUAAUGGUGAAGGUGAUGAUGAUGAAUGGGAAAAUGAAGAUGCUGAUGAAUUGGCAGAUGCAGCAGCCCAGGAUGAUUAUUUAGAAUUUUUAAAUCAAGAAGCUGCAAAAUUGAAAAAUUCUGGAUUUUAUGAUGAUGAAGAUCAAGAUGUUAUUGAAGAUCCAUUAGCAAGUACAGUUUUAGAUAAUUUAAACGUUUUUGCAACUUUUAAAGAAAGUAUAAUAAAUUUACAAUCUAAUGAUUCCCAAAAAUAUCAAGUUUUAUUCCAAAAGUUGAAUGCAGAACAACAAUCAAGUAUUAAAGACGUUCUUGAUUUAUAA